AUGGCUUCGUCCUCUUCGCCGCCGUCCGUGAACUGGGCGGACCUUCCACCGGAGUUAACAUUUUCAAUUUUACUCCGUCUUAGCACGGUUGAGAUUCUGAAGAACGCUCAGCUAGUAUGCAGAUCGUGGCGACGUGUCUGUAAAGACCCAUGGAUGUUUCGCAAAAUCGACAUGAGAAACAACAGUAUCUUCGACUACGAUAGGAUGUGUCGUCACGCCGUCGAUCUCAGCGAAGGCGGUAUGGUCGAAAUCAACAUGGAACACUUCGGCAACGAUGCUCUCUUCUCCUACAUCGUCGAAAAAUCAAGUAAUCUGAGAUGCCUUAGGCUUGAAAUGAGUCAUCUACAAACAGCCGAGGGAUUUGUCAAUGCUUUCACGAAACUCCCAUUCCUUGAAGACCUCGAGAUUUUACAUGGCUUUCUAGAAUUUGAUUUGAAAAGUAUAGGCCAGUCUUGCCCACUCCUGACGACAUUGAAGCUAAACAGCCCUUGUUUCAGCCGGCACAUGAGUUUAGAUGAUGAGGCUCUAGCAAUUGCUGAAACCAUGCCCAAACUACGCCACCUAGAGCUUUUUGAGAACAGACUAACCGACUCAGGCUUGAACGCUAUUCUUGACAACUGUCUUCACUUGGAACAUCUUGAUAUACGCCGCUGCUUCAACAUUAACUUUUUUGGGGAUCUCGAGAAGCGAUGUUCUGAGAGGAUCAGAGAUUUGAAACGCCCCGACGACUCAACCGCCGAUUAUCCAUUUGAUGUCAUUUCUGAUACUGAUGCUGAUUUAUUUGAAGUAGACAGCCUUUUCUAUUAUGAUAGUGAUGGCAGCCCCUACUACUUCUAG